UAGUAAUAAUUGUAAUUUAAAAGGGACCUUGACCCGCGCUGUGAGUCAUUCUUGGCUGUCCAUCGAAAUUGAACGCAGCAAGUGUGAUAGGUACCUUUUCACUGGCGGUUUAUUUAGUAGUUUCAUAUUGUGUUGAAUUUUAGAUUUAUUAAGGGAUCUUAGAUAUAAUUUAGUUUUAUUUAUAUAUAUACAUUUAGUUAAAUGUUUUUAACGCUUAUCUAUGUAUUUAAAUUUCAGACCGAAAAAUGGAGCUACAAAAAAAAACUGUGUUCAGUCAUAUUUGACGAAAUGUCUUUAGAGGCUGGCUUGUCUUAUGACAAAAACAAAGAUAAAAUUAAUGGGUUAGUAGAGCUUGGCGAGAGAAAAAAUGAUUUCGCUGAUCAUGCCCUCGUGUUUAUGUUGAGAGGAGCUGUCCACAAGUGGCAGCAGCCAAUAGCCUUUUAUUUUUGCCAAGGCGCUACUAAAGGCACAGAAUUAAAAAGUAUACUCGUGGAUAUUAUCACAGCGGUUGUAGGAUGCGGGUUAAAGCCGAUAUCCCUUAUUUGCGACCAAGGGUCAGCUUUCCAAGCGGCUCUAAAUUGCCUGAAGGCUGACACAGCGCGUGACCAAUUACUGACAAAUCAGGAACCAGAUGGCACAGUAACAAUAAACGAAGUCAAACUGAUGGUUAUAUUCGACCCUCCUCAUCUUAUUAAAGGAUUGAGAAAUAAUUUUUUGAAUAAAGACAUUUCCUUUGAAGGAAAAUUAUCCACAUGGAGAGACAUCGUGGAUGUAUACGAAACGGACUGCAAUAAUAUGGAAACAAGAAUGCUGCAUAAGUUAAAUGACCAGCAUGUGAUACCUGAAAAAAUUAAAAAGAUGAAGGUCAAGAACUGUGUAAAAGUAUUUAGUUACACACUGUCUUCGGCUCUAUCUUACACAGCCAACUUCUCUCACUAUGCGGACGGCAGACCUGUGAGUGAAACAUUAAGAAACACUGCUGAAACAGUUUUGUUCUUUGAUAAAUUGUUUGAUAGCAUCAACGGAUCAGCAACCUAUUCACAAAAGAAAGGAAAAGAGCUACGCUGUGCAGUGACAGAAAAAUCUAAGCACCAUGAAUUUUGGCCGGAGAGCAUCGAGAAACUGGAAAAAAUUAAAUAUGUAGAUUCCAAGGGAAAUCCGAAAUCCGUGCCUUCCUUAAAAAACUUUAUUGCCACGGUAAAAACAUUCAUGAAGCUGUGGCAGUUUUUUAAGAGCAAAAAUAUGACAAUAAUGCGCCCAAGGUUCUUCAAUUCAGAUCCAAUUGAAAACUUCUUUGGCCAAGUCAGGGCCUAUAAUUAUAGGAACAACGACCCCAACUGCCAGUUUCAAGAACACCUUUAA